AUGGAUGCAGACCUUGCCCGCAGCAUCGAUGCGGUCGACGGCCGAGACCUGCGGCUGCAGUGGGACAGCGGCCAGGUCUUCGGCUGCGUGGAGCCGGCGGCCGUAGCGCGCGGGUGGCGGGCGCAGCGGCUCGGCAUUUACACCGUCGUGCACAGCGGGCCGGAGCUGCUGCACUUCAACAACCACCUGACCGAGGGAGGCAUCGCGUGCGCCAUGUCCCACCAGAAGACGCUGCGGGCGGUCGCGAGCCACCCCACGGCGGACUGGGCCCUGAUCCUCGAGGACGACAUCGCCGACGUCGUGCCCCGCUUCGACGAGGUCCUGGCCCGCGUGCUCCGGCAGCUGCCGGAGGACUGGGACGCCGUCCUGCUCGGCUACCACGACAGCCACGGCAGGGUCGCGGGCGGAGUCGGGGGCGGUGUGCCCGACGUGCCCGUCAGGCCCACCCUCUGGCACGACUACGGGCUCUUCGCGUACGUGGUGCGCAAGAGCGCCGCGGCGCUGCUCCUGAGGCACGCGUUUCCCGUGAACGGCCAGGUGGACAAGGCGGUCACCGGCUGGCUGGCGCGGGAGCGCGGCCGAACCUUCAAGGUGGACCCGCAGAGCAUGCUCCUCAUCAGCCCGAAGAGCGAGGAAAGCCAGGAUUCCGACGUCCAGACUCUCGGAUCCAUUGACCAGCUGGUGGAGCAGCACGGCGACGUGGCGGCUUACAACGAGCGCAUGAUUGCGGAGCGCGCCCUCUUCGAAGGCUAUUAG